AUGGACCUGCUAAUCCAGCACGGCGCGGAUAUCCACACGACAACACUCAGCAACACAAAUACAACAUUAAGAAAACCGAAGAGGUUAACACCCUGCCACUGUCUCAGCACACCGAUAAUGAAAGCCGCAAACCACGGCCACGUACCCGCAAUCGAACUCCUCCUACACCACGGCGUGGAUAUCAACGUCCCGCAAGCUGCAUGUAACAGCCCACUAAGUCUUGCUGCUGUACACGGCCAUAUCCCAGCAGUACGGACUCUCCUCCACAACGGCGCAGACGUGAACACCAUCCGCCGAGGCACAACGCCCCUCGUCAAAGCCAUACAGGCCAACCAACUCGACGCCAUCCGCGUCCUCAUCACGGAAGGAAACGCAGAUCUCACGAUAACAAGUCACCAUCCUCAACUAUUUACCCCGAUUUUCUGGGCAGUCAGCCAGGAUAAUCCCCACAUCAUCUCCCUCCUGCUCAACUACGCCCCGGCAGAAAUCGAACGACGAGAUUCCAUUGGUCGAACACCCCUCGCACUCGCAGUCUGGGAAGAGCGCAUCGAAGCAAUCGAAUGUCUUCUCGCGCAUGGUGCAGACAUCAACGCUGCAAACCGCGUCGGCCAGACGCCUUUAUGGUGGGCGGUGCUUUCGGAUAGUAUCCCCGCGACGCAGACGUUAUUAACGCAUGGUGCAGAUACGGGUGUU